AUGUACUUCAAGUCCACCCUCUCCCUUGUCUUGGCUCUCGCUGCUACAACUGCCGUCUCGUUAUCGUCCCUCCAGGGGCGUGCCGAGGCCCGCAUCGCCCGUCGUGUCAGCGGCGCGAACAAGUUGCGCUCUGAGGGGGGCGAGGAGGUGAACAGUACAGACUGGGCUGGCGCUGUCAUUAAUGCAUCUCCAGGCACGUUCACGAGCAUCGCGGCGUCUUUCACGCUUCCGACGCCCUACGUGCCCGAGGGCGCAGACCCGAGUGGCAACUACUCCGCGGUCAUCGUGGUCGGCAUUGACGGCAACACCUGCCCGACCGCUACCCUUCAAGCUGGUGUCGUGGUCUCCCUUGAGGAUGGUCAGCCGUCAUAUACUGCCUUGGCCCAGUUUUCCUCUCCCCUCAACUCAGCCACUUUCCCGGACAUCAGCCUCUCUGCAGGCGACCUCAUCGCAGUCGGUGUCACCGCGGUGAACGCGACAUCAGGCAUGGCGGUCAUCAUCAACCAGAGCACGGGUGAGUCCGGCUACGUGAGCCUCACCUCCCCUGACACCCCUCUGUGCAUGAUGGACGGAGAGUGGAUCGUAAGGUUUGGCGACGAGCCCCUCCCCAACUUUGGCACGGUCGUCUUCACCUAUCCGGUCGCCGAGACUCCCUCAGGCCCUGUCGACGCCUCUCACGCGAACAUCACCGAUAUUGUACAGGGCGACACUUUUCUUGCCUACGCCUCGAUCUCGCCCUCGAGCGUCUCGGUCACCUUCGCCUAA